AUGGCUGUGACUUUGCUGGGGGCGCGAGGCCGCGGCGGCGGCGCCGGGCGGGCUGGAGCCCGGGGCGGCGCCGUACGGCAACUUCCCCAACGCCUGCUGCCAAGCGGGCUGUUGCGGCGCCUCUUCCCCGCCGGGGGCCGGGCCCGCCCGUUGCUGGGCCUCGACGUGGGCUGCAACUCGGGGGAACUAAGUGUUGCUCUAUACCGACAUCUCCUUGGCCUGCCCGAGAACGAAGCCAGCCCCGAUCAGCCUGUAGUGGCAAAAGAUCUGAACCUCCUAUGCUGUGACAUUGAUGCUGCACUGAUUGAGAGGGCCCAGCAGUGCAGCCCUUUUCCUGCCUCCAUCCACUAUACCACCCUGGAUAUCAUGGAUGCUGGUGCCAGGGAGUCCUCUCUGAGCAACUUUUUAAGCAAGUUUGGCCGCUCCACCUUUGACAUCUGCUUUUGUAUGUCAGUGACUAUGUGGAUCCACCUGAACCAUGGGGAUAAUGGGCUGGUGGAGUUCUUAUCCUGCCUCACCUCUCUGUGUGAGUACCUGCUUAUUGAACCCCAACCCUGGAAGUGUUACCGAGCCGCUGCACGCCGCCUCCGGAAGCUGGGCAGAAACGACUUCGAUCACUUCCGAUCUCUUGCCAUCAGUGGGGACAUGGCCGAGAAGGUAACCCAGAUUUUAACUAGGGACGGUGCCAUGGAGCUGGUGUGCUGCUUUGGGAGCACCAGCUGGGACAGGAGCCUUUUGCUUUUUAAAUCAAAUGCACUGACUCAGAAAGUCCCAUGAGCAAGAGCUGCACUGGCGCUGACAACAUCCUGGAGAGGAAGGGAGUUGAAGUUUAGUGGGUUGAGUCUGUGGCUUCCGAGUCUAUAUCCCAGGUAUCGCACUGAUUCCCUUGGUGGAUCUUGCUGGCCUGUUCACCUUGCUAUGCCUCGUUUUCUCCCUCUGAAAAAUGGGGAGAGUGAUUUUUAACCUACCUCAUGUUGUAUUUUGAGGGUUAAUGACUGUUCUUGUUGAGUGGUUUGGAAGCUAAGUGCCUGUUUAAGUGUUUCAUUUGUAUGCAGGGGCUAUGGCAUGAAAGAACCGUGGAUUUUCCCUUCCCAGGAAUUCAAAGGGAAGGGGAAUAAAAACAGAUCUGUUUUU